UGAAGGCGCGGAGCUGGCGCGACAGAAGCUGGAAGCGGAGGAGGUGGAGGAGGCGGCGGCCGCGCUGGCGGAGGGGCUCCGGCUCUGCCCACUGGCCAGUUCGAGCUGCGAGAUGAGGCCACAGCAGCCGCCUGUUGCGAGUAAGGUCUUUGUCCAGCGGGACUACAGCAGUGGCACCAGGUGCCAGUUCCAGAUCAAGUUCCCUCCAGAGCUGGAGAACCGGAUUGACAGGCAGCAAUUUGAAGAAACGGUGCGAACACUAAACAAUCUUUAUGCAGAAGCAGAGAAGCUUGGGAGCCAGUCUUAUCUUGAAGGGUGCCUGGCAUGCCUGACUGCCUACACUAUAUUCUUGUGCAUGGAGACACAUUAUGAAAAGGUUCUGAAGAAAAUUGCCAAGUACAUUCAGGAACAAAAUGAAAAGAUCUACGCCCCACAGGGACUCCUCCUGACUGACCCAAUUGAGAGAGGACUAAGAGUUAUUGAAAUUACCAUUUAUGAAGACAGAGGUGUGAGUAGUGGAAGAUAAGCCUGUGGCAUCCAAGGGUCCAGUGUGUUCGAUAGUUCCCCUACUUCCGCUCUUGAUGCAUCAUUCCUCUCUGUCACCGCCAAAUCUACGGUGCCAUCUACCACAUGGACUGACUUCUUGAAAUCCUGCUCCCUCAGAAGCUACCUGCUGGGCUGGCCAGCAUCCAUUUUGUGUCAUUAUGGUAAGCCUUAAGUGGUGAUGUUGUCCAAAUCACUAGACUUCUCCGUUGAAGCCAGCAGCUCUGAUCAACCUGCGUGGAAUCUGUAAAGAAUCUCUUGAGAACACCAUAGUUCCUCUGUGGGUGCUGGGUUUUGUUGGGGGGGGGGUUUCUGUUGUCUGCUGCAUUCACGACGUGGCAGCUGCAAACCGCCUAAGCAACUGAGCUUCUGAAAAUGCGACUUCACUCACUUGAGCCUCAGGAUGGUGUACCUCAGUUGUUCAAAAUGCCUCAAGACAAAGGAGUUGAAGGUUGGCAAGAAAAAAACUAAUGCAAAGGGCUACCUUAACGCUUACAUAAGAGCUGGUGUAAUCUUUGGAACACUUGAGCCUCAUGCUUCGUCUUUGCAGACCUGAGAGUGCAGACUGUCCAUUGCUUCUUUUGUUAGAUGUGAGGAUGUGCGAUGACUCAAAUGGAUGCUGUACCAGUAAAUGUAACCACCCGUGCUCUCCACCCCUUCUUGGUGUUGAAUGUGUCAAAUAGGUAAUAAAUGGUUUUCUCAACUUUGUUAUAAGUUUUUAGGGCAAGCUGGUAACUGAACUAGAAAUGGUGUACGGAUAGCGCUUCAUCUCCUCCCACAAACUGCUGAAAAGUAUGUCUCUGCAAUACAUGGUAGGACUUCCACUUGCAUUCAAACAUUCCUCCAGAAAUGCUUGUGAAAACAUAUGGGACAUUAGUCUUUGGAGUAAAUACCUUCUGGUGAAUCAAGUUGGUUUGAUAUAUUUUGUGUUCUUCCUUUUUUGUUCAUUCCCUCUCCCUGGGUGCUUUGGUGUACAAGCUUGAAUAGAAGCUAGCAGGGUCACUCUGCUGCUUGGAGUCACCAAGUCCUAACAGACUUCUCAAACAAGAGAGCU